UAACAUCUCAAAUUUUCGCUAACAUGUAUAUAAAUCGACACGGUGAUAUUUUUCAUUUUUAAAUAAAGAUCCAUAUCAUGAAUCAUGGGUUAAUUUGAUGCUAUCUAUAUAUAAAGUAUAUAUACCGGUUGUGUUUUAAGUUGAUUCACAAAAAGGCCAUUCGAGAAGAAGAAAAACGAAAGUGAGACCAGAAUCAAGUACUUCGAAUCCAUCUUUUCUUCUUCAGUUAUCUCUGCUUUGCUUCCUGCUUAUUACCCUAGAUCGUGCCCUGCCCUCUAAAAUUGAGAUAUUUUUUUUCCCCUAAAAAUUAAGAAUAACAAUGUCGCGAGAAAGAGCUAAGCGGAUUGCACUUGCACCGGCUCAGGAGAAUAUUGACAAGAUUAAGAAAGUUGUAGAUGAAGGAAACUGCUAUGGUGCUCAGCAGAUGUAUAAAUCUUUUGGUGCAAGAUAUAUUUCAGGGGAUAGGUAUUUAGAGGCCUUGGAUAUUUUCCACUCAGGUGCCUGCAUACAGUUAGAGAAUGGGCAGGUUACUUGUGGAGUUGAGCUCGCUGUCUUGUUUGUUGAAACACUUGUUAAAGGAAAAUUUCCUUACGACGAUGAUACUCUUGAUCGUAUCAGGAAAAUAUAUAAGAAGUUUCCUCGGAUAUCUGUGCCACAGCACUUGGACCUAGCUGAGGAUGAUGAUAUGCAGGGACUUUCUGAAGCUCUUGGAGCUGCAAAAACACGUGCAGAGGGCUGCUCGUCCUUUUUGAAGGCUGCUAUAAAAUGGUCUAUUGAAUUUGGAGCACGUAAGAGCGGAUCUCCUGAAAUUCACGACAUGCUAGCUGAUUACAUAUAUUCAGAAUCUCCUGAAUUGGAUAUGGCCAAAGUGUCUUAUCAUUUUGUUCGAGGGAAGAAUCCAAAGAAUUUUGCUUCAACUCUAGUCAAUUUCAUGGGCAAGUGUUAUCCCGGUGAAGAUGAUCUUGCUGUUGCACGCGCUGUUCUGAUGUAUCUGGCUCUAGGUAAUCUGAGAGAUGCUAAUGUCCUUAUGGAUGAGAUGAAGAAACAAGUGCAAUUUCGAGAGGUUGAUUUCCCUCGAUCGGAAUUAAUGGAGCUCAUAAGUUAUCUUCUAAAGACGUUGCAGAGAGAUGCUUUGCCUCUUUUCAAUAUGUUGAGACAACGGUACAAGUCUAGCAUAGACAGAGAACCUAUCUUUAGUGAAUUGCUUGAUGAAGUGGCUGAGAAGUUUUAUGGAGUACAACGUAGAAAUCAAAUGCCAGGAAUGUUUGGGGAGUUGUUUAAGAUGAUGUCAGGAGAUUAGUACCUUAACGAUGUGCAUUACUAUGAUUAAUCCAAAAAAACUGUUUAAAUUAAACUUAUAUAUUUUUGUCAGUGUCAUGGAUUAGGAAAAAAAGAAUGUUGUAUUUUUAUUUUCGGGUUCUUACUUGUUAUUUAUGGAAUGGAUGUAUCUUUUUCUGGAAUUUGCUAUAUUCCUUUCAAACGUAUCGGUCUCCCCUGGCCAUCUCCAUGACCUGAGAACAAAAAUUAGAGAUGAUAUAUCAAUCAGAGUUUAAUA